UUCGUACCGAAAAUGUUCGGCGAAUCACGGAAACACCCGAGUUUUAAGCCGUCUCCUUGCAGACCUAAAUAGGAGACAGUGCUUGGAAACAAGCCUCCGAAGGGUCCUUACCCAAGGACUUCAUCGCUUCCCUUUUCACGCUGAAAUGAAUGUGCAGAAGGUGAAACCACCAGUUUCAGCUGCUGUUCAGAUACCAGGACACUCACAACCAAGGAACAUUGUACCUUCGAGAGUUACAACACCACCUGUUCAUAGAGGUCCGGAAGAACAAGUUCCACAGCAGUACCCCUCCUUUCAACCAGGGUUAGUGAAUAUUGGCUAUCCCAAUCAGUUCCUGAUAUCGCAACAGCAGCAACAACAGCCACAGACACAAGGCAAUCCCCAUGAAUUAGACAAGAGUCAGCUGACCACCUCCCAAACAUUCGGGGGACAGCGAACUCCAGUAACUAUUCAACAAAAUAUGUAUCAAAACCCUACGUCAGGCAUGAGAGCUGGUCCCCCGCCCCCACCCUUUUACUCUGGCCAAACACAGCCACGGCAAGCAAGGUACUCUGGGCCUCCUCCCAUCAGUCAGCCGCCAAGCCAGCCCAUGUACCCAACAAUGUACAUGGCGCAAAACCACCAACCAGGAACGUUUCAACCCCCUGGUGGUACACAGAUAAUUGUUCAGCCACAACUCUCGAUGAUGGUUGGUAAUAGAAUGAGCACUCCCCAGUUUGCCCUACAGACCUCUCAACAGGGAAUGACUGGCAUGACCUAUCCGAUGACUACCAAUCAAACAGCGACUCAACAGUUUAACCCAAUCACUGUGUACCAGCAAAAUAACCAAGCCCAGAGGCCACCAUCUGCAGGCAUGAUCACACCACAAACAAGUCAGCCAGGAAAACGAGAGAAACACAUGAUCAAGAUUGUAGAUCCAAAUACAGGAAAGGAUAUAUCAAGUGAAAUAUUUAGCACAUCUCGGCCGGGUCGUUCGACUACUCCAGGCUCCAGUCCUUCCCCUGUGGCUGUAGUACCGGGAGAGGCUGCCUCCGAGUCUGAAUCAAGUCCACUUGUUGAAAGCCCCCCACCUCCACCUCCAGAAUCCCCGAACGAUCACCAGGGUGACAUAGCAGCAGUGUUUGCUGCCCAGGUGGCUGCUACAUUAAAAGCAGAAGUUCAAGCAGAGCCUGGGGUGUCUUCCAAACUUUCUCACAAUGUGCCAUCGUUUACACCUGCAGAAUCGUACCAACCAGUUAGUGCUACUAGUGAGGAGAUUCCACAGGAAUCUAAUUCACCGGUCGUAGAACCAGUCGUAGAAGAAGUCGGUGAAUCAGACACUCCAGCUGUUAAUCCGCCUGUUAAGGAAGCCACAACAGUUUUAGCGGAAGUUUCGGUGGAAUCCGGAAAGGUUUCAAAUUCAGUACGUAGUGUAACUAUAGAAUCCAACCCAGGUCUUUCAAACACAAACGACUUAGUUCCAGCUACACAAGGAGAAACUGCUUUUGUGUCGGAUUCUGGCGUUGAUGUACAAUCUGUGUCAUCACUGGAGCCCAGUGACUCUUCAGUGACCGACGGCACGAAACCAGACAACCAAAAUGUGGUAAUUGAUGAAGUGGACACUCAAGUGGAACCACCAAAGCCUUUCAUAACAGAAUCUGAACCUGAUGUUAGUGUAGCAACAACAAGUGAUAAUACAAGGACUACAGAUCCAGUAGAUGUGAAAAUUGAGGCAGAGGAAACACUUGUGAACAAUACCUCUAAACAGGAGGAUUCAAGUGAGAAAGACGAGGUGCCAAACGUAUCGCAAGCAAAUGUGGUAGAACCCGAGGAUUCCAAUCCUGGGCCUAUUGUCAAAGAGGAAACCAAGGGGAAGAAGAAAGUCGAGGACGAAACCAAGAAAGUGGAAGAAUCUAAGAAAACAGAUGCAGAAGUGUUUGUGAAACCACAGCCAGUGGAAAUACCAGCACCUGUACCAGAACCUAUUGUUGUUCCUCCUCAAACGUUACCGGAAACGCAAGAAGUCAAUGAAACAACAGAAACGAUGCAAGAAGUGGAGGUACAAAUACAAGACAAAAUAGAGGAAGAGAAUCAAAAGAAUGAAGAAAAGAGUAAAGACGCUAAAGAAAACCUGAAAACCAGUGAUGACCCAGAGAAACCAGGGGUCGACACAAAGGAAACAAAAUACACCUAUAAAGAAGACCAAUGGAGUCCUAUAAAUCUAGAAGGGAAGCGAUUAUAUGACCGGGAUUUCUUGCUGCAAAUGCAAUAUGCUGGAGACUCCACAACCAAGCCUGUUGGUCUGCCAGAUCUACCUGAUAUUAUUUUAGACAAACCUAACUACAACCAACAGUCCGGAGGUGGCGGCCACAGUGGUGGUGGAGGAGGAGGGGGAAGGGGACCCUCUUUCUCCCGAGACCCGCAGUCAUUCAGUGGAUCCUUUGAUUUCACACCCGGCUAUGUCAGGUCACCAAGAGUUGGCGGCACUGAGCGUGGUGGUGAGCGUGAGCGUGGUGGUGAACGUGGUGAUCGUGGUGGCAGGAUGACCAAGAGUGGAAGUAACCAGGGCCGUAAGAUGGGAGGGCCUCCUCAGAGGAUCAUCACACAUGUCUCUAUAGGACAAGAUGUCACAUUACACAAGGCUGGUGAUGCUUGGAAACCACAGAAGAGCACAGAAAAAGUAGAAGAUCCAGAAGAGAAGAAGACAGAGAUCUUGUAUAAAAAGGCCCGCGGUAUCUUGAACAAGCUGACUCCACAGAAGUUUCAAACUCUGGUCAAACAGAUGUCUGAGCUGGAAAUUGAUACAGAUGAGAGGCUGAAGGGAGUCACAGACCAUGUCUUUGAAAAGGCAGUCGGUGAACCUGGGUUCAGUGUAGCUUAUGCAAGCAUGUGCAGAUAUCUUGCAAUGAUCAAGGUACCAUCCAAAACAAAGCAAGGGGAAUCAGUCAAUUUCCGUGCAAUAUUACUAACCAGAUGUCAGAAGGAAUUCGAGAAAGACAAAGACACAGAACUGGAAAUGGAAAGGAGGCGGAAAGAAAUCAAGGAGGCAAAGGAGGAAGACAAAGAACAGCUGAAGGCUGACCUAGAAUUUGAAGAAUCGAAAGCGAGGAGACGAUCUUUAGGAAAUAUUAGAUUUAUUGGUGAAUUGUUUAAAUUAAAAAUGUUAACCGAGAACAUUAUGCAUGACUGUGUGUUCAAAUUGCUCAAAGCCAAAGAUCUUGAAUCGCUGGAGUGCCUGUGUCGCCUUCUCACUACCAUCGGAAAAGAAUUGGAUUCUGAUAAAGCCAGGCCACGGAUGGAACAGUACUUCCAACAAAUGGGAAAGAUUGCCCAAGAUAAGAAAACCUCCUCCCGAGUGAGAUUCAUGUUACAGGAUGUGAUAGAAUUAAGAAUGAAUCGCUGGGUACCACGGAGAGAUGAAAACAACCCCAAAACUCUGGACCAGAUUCAUAAAGAAGCUCAGAGGGAGGAUCAGGAAAGACAACUCCUAGCUCAACAAGCUGUGGCCCAACAGAGGGAGCAGCGAGGUGGCGGCGGCGGCGGCAAUAAAGGAGGUGGUAGACGUGGUCCUGGUUCACAAGGCGGUCCCCCAGGUGGUGCUGAUGGCUGGGCCACAGUUGGUGGAAGACAGCCACCCAUCAGAAUCAAUGCAGAGCGCCAAACUAUUGAUCCUUCAAGGUUAAAACUCUCUCGACAAAAUACGGAUGAGAGUGUGCAGCUUGGUCCUGGUGGAGGUGCUGGGCGAUUCGCUGGCUGGCAGAGAGGGAGCACAGGUGGAGGAGCUAGAGCAUCACAGGAGGCAGAACGCUCGUCUAACGCACCAAGCAAUAGGUUUUCAGCACUCAGUCGAUCGGAGGAUGAGAGCCGAAGUCGCCUUGGUGUGAGUCCCAACAGAACAAGACAACAACAGCCUGGAGGCUUUGGUCGUCCUAACAGGGUAACGCCCCGAUCAUCACAAGAGCAGGAGAGGGAGAAGGCACUCGCUGCAGCCAGGAGCAUAAUUGGUGGUCAAACCACCCCAAAAGAAGGUCCUAGCCGGGAGAGCAGUCGAAGCCGUGAGGUGCGCGAAGAGAAGAAGGAGCCGGCUCCUGUGGCAGCCCCAGCUCCGGCCCCAGUUAAGGAGCUGAACCAAGAACAGAUGGAGAAGAAAACGAUAUCCAUUGUGGACGAGUUUCUUCACAUACAGGAUAUGAAGGAAGCUGUGACGUGUGUAGAGGAAUUAAAUUCCCCUUCAUCGCUACAUUGGUUUGUGAGUACGGCCCUAAACCAUGUACUAGAAAGGUCAGAGGUCGCUAGGCGCCAAACUGGACUUCUUCUCCAUGACUUAGUCAAGAAGGGCUCUGUUUCAGUUAAAGCCUAUAUUAAUGGGCUACAUGAAAUCCUUCAGUAUGCAGAGGAUAUGGAAAUAGACAUUCCAAAGAUCUGGCAGUAUUUUGGAGAGCUAAUUGGACCCAUGAUUCAAGAUGGCAGUGUUCCAUUUAGUUUCCUUAAGGAUGCCAUAGAACCCCUAAAAGCUAGCCACAAAGCUUGUGUACUGAUGUCGGCUAUUCUACAUGAUGCCAGUACAAGAGAGGGACACAAGAAGAUUGCAUCAAUUUGGAAGAGCUCUGGUUUACAAUGGAGCGACUUCAUGCCAGCUGCAGAAGUGAAACCCUUCCUGAAAACCAAUAAUUUGGAAUUCACCGAGCCAGAUGGCAGCCAACCAAGCACACCCACUAUAGCAAUGCCCCUGGAGAGUAUACAGGAUAACCUGGACUUGCUCUUACAGGAGAAAAAGUCCACCAAUGAGGAUAUCUUUGAUUGGAUUGAGACAAAUCUUGAGGACCUAAUCACAAAAUCAAAGCAGUUUAUCCGUAUACUGAUGACAGCAGUGUGUUCAUGUGCAAUUACAGGUCGUGGAAGCAGUGCACGAGUGGAGCCUCAGGACGUCAUCAGCCGUGGUGUGUUAUUACAGAAAUACCUUGAUCAUCAGGCCGAGUUUGAGCUACAAGCACUCUACGCCCUGCAAUCACUAGUCCACAAACUUGAGCAUCCACCAGGUGUUCUACGAACAUUGUUUGAUACACUAUAUGAUGAGGACAUAAUAUCGGAGGAUGCCUUCAACCAAUGGGAGAAGAGUGAGGAUCCCGCCGAGCAGGAGGGCAAGGGGGUGGCUAUGCGCCAAGUUGUCCAGUUCUUCACGUGGCUACGAGAGGCUGAGGAAACGAGCGAUAGCUGAGGAUGGCUUCAAUAGGCAUUUAGUUAAACAUUAAUUACAGGGGGUUAUUUAUUUCUGAUUUAGGGGAAUAACUGCAAACUACAGAGAAAAAAUUAUUAGAAGUAUGAACUAUUUUGUACUUGGCCGAAAAAUUGUGUGUAUAAGAGUUCAACUGCUCACAUAUUUUUCUUUACUUAUAUAUAUAUAUUAUGCAACAAGCUUGUGACUGGUGUGUUGCAUAAUAAAUCCGUGAAUGUGUGGAUACGAUAGAACUUCCUUUCAGUAUGUCCGAGGCUUCGGUCAAUAGGAACUACUGUCUUAAUUCCGGAUAAUUUUUGUAUUAUAUACCCUUUGGGAUCACUGUAUCUCGCAUGUUCUUUUCUGCAUAUAUGAUGAUAAAAAGCAUUUGUUGCAUGUUAUGUGAUUAAUUGGGGAAAACUUGUUCUUCUAUUGUUCAGAAUAUAGAGAUUGUGAAUGGAGCCAGGUUAUUGUUCUGCUUAUGUACGAAUGCAAGAGUGAUGUGGAGGUAUGGUGUAUGUGCCAUCUGGCCAGUGUGUAAAUGACAAAAGAUUGUGAUUAAAAAAUUGGUGCAAAUGGCUAUUGUAAUACAAAUUAUGUUUCCCAUCAUCAUUGUGGUGGUUUUAUUAACAAAAGACUAUUUGAUAUGUUUCAUCAUGUUAAUGUAUUACAUGAUAAAUAAUAGUGUUCAUGAAUGAAAUCUGGUAUGUUUGGGCGGCUGUCAUUGGAUGAUUUGAACAUGAAUGAAUUUGAAUGGAUUUUCCCAUUUGAGAGUAAACUUGUUUCCCCAUCAUUCAGUAUUUAGCAUUUAUACUGGAAAGUUAACAUGGAAUCUUAUAGGAUAAAAUUGAUCUGCGUUUUUUCUUCUUCUUUUUUUCCCAUUUUCAUACACAAUAUCCUUACGGUAUAAAUCGUUAUAAAUGUCAAGACAUUGACUUGACUUGGGGUGAAAAAAAGGAAAAAAAUACCCUGUAAAUAUCUUGUGUCGGCCUUUUACCAUUAUGCAUGAGGGCAGUGCAUGUGUACUGUGUCCAAUCUGUCACAUGGUGCUACUAGGUGAGCUUAUUGUGCUAUUUCAUAAAUAUGUAAAACCAGAGCCAAGAAAAGUAAUCAGUUGUUCAACACUCAGUAUAAUGUAUAUCACAAGUUGUCCGCCCUUUGUUUUUAAGAUUACUUGACAUGCCUAAACAAAACCUGCUGUUAAAUGAAAAGUGGGCUCUGUAUACCAUCAUUGCAUUUAUCAAUAGCACACAAAUUCAUAUCAUCUUAAUUUAUUGAUGUCCUGUACUUGAAUGUUUAAACUUGAUUCGGUAUAAAUUGAUAUUACUGAUUGUGAUCAUUGCGUAGGGACAUAGAGUGAAUAGACUGCAUUUUACAAUAUUUCUCCCAUUGCAAUAAACAGGUUUCACAAAUAAUGACAUGUACCCAUAGAUUAUUUUAUACAUGAUAUGAAAGUGCGAAUGUUGGCAUACUUGUUUCUUUUCAUUUUGUUUGUUAUUGUGUGGUUGAGGAUAGCAAGGAUUUUGAUUCAAAGUCACCGAUUAUAUAUAUAUUGAAAAAAAAAGAUGCCAUUUAUUGAAAACAGUUGAACAACCUUAUGAGCCUGUACUACCUUCAUGCCUUAAAUUUUUGUUCAUACAUGCUUGAAGCGUGGACAUUGAAAUUUUACAAGGAAAUGGGGAAAUUGUUGAUCAUAGCACUUAAAGUAAAGGGAAUCAAUGACACGGGAAUGUUGGAUAGGACAAACUCACUAAAUUGGAAAUUAAUGGCAAAUAUUUUCAGAAAAUAUUUUGUCUUCUGGAAUGAAGAGUUUUGAAGAUAUUUCUUGAUGUUCUUAAUUGCUUUAUUCUCUGACAGUCUGUAUGAGCAUGUGACCUCUGUGCUGGGGACCCCCACCCUUGCAGUAUGAGCAAUGUGACCUAUGUGCUGGGGACCCCCACCCUUGCAUCCUGAACCCAAUACUUGUUGAAGUGAUAUCAUAAUGAACCGCUACUACACAAUCAAGGAGGUGGUUUUCACUACAGAAAAAAAAACACAGAAGGGGGGGUUGUAAUGUAAAUAAAAACUUGACGAAGAAAUUUAA